GAUCUGUUCUGUUUCCUGCUGUGAGACUCUCAUCUUGCAGCAGCACAGGCUUAGACCUGACAUUCAACCAUGCCUUUGGCUAGACUUCCUGGUUGGCUGUAUGUUGUGGUCUAUGGGCUCCUGCUUCUCCAGCAUGUGCAUGGCCAGGACACAGCCAGCCCCAUCAGGAACACACACACGGGCCAGGUGAGAGGCAGCUUUGUUCACGUGAAGGACACUAAAUCUGGUGUCCACACCUUCCUGGGAAUUCCCUUUGCCAAGCCUCCUGUAGGACCACUGCGCUUUGCACCUCCCGAGGCCCCUGAGCCGUGGCGUGGUGUAAGGGAUGGGACCUCAGAGCCGGCCAUGUGUCUGCAGACUGAUAUGAUGAAUUUAGAGGUUAUGAAGGAGAUGAAGAUGACCAUGAGUUCCAUCCCUAUGUCUGAGGACUGCCUGUAUCUCAACAUCUACACACCAGCCCAUGCCCACGAGGGCUCAAACCUCCCUGUGAUGGUAUGGAUCCACGGUGGGGCACUGGUCAUAGGAUCGGCUUCCAUGAAUGAUGCAUCCGCACUGGCAGCCAAUGAGGAAAUAGUGAUUGUCUCCAUCCAGUAUCGCUUGGGUAUCCUUGGCUUCUUCAGCACUGGAGACCAGCAUGCCAGAGGCAAUUGGGGAUACCUGGACCAAGUGGCUGCCCUACGCUGGGUGCAGAAAAAUAUUGCUUACUUUGGAGGCAACCGUGACAGGGUCACUAUAUUUGGAGUCUCAGCAGGAGGCACAAGUGUGUCUUCCCAUGUUGUGUCCCCCAUGUCCCAAGGACUCUUUCAUGGAGCCAUUAUGCAGAGCGGAGUGGCCCUGCUGCCUGGCCUCAUCUCUGACACCCCUGAAGUGGUCUACAAGGUCUUCAAAAUGAUCCCUGGAGUGGUAGAUGGAAAGUUUCUACCCAAGCAUCCUCAGGAGCUGUUGGCCUCUAAGGAUUUUCACCCUGUCCCCAGCAUCAUUGGUGUCAACACAGAUGAAUGUGGCUGGGGAAUCCCUAAGUUCAUGGGCCUUGGCCAUAUCAUAGAGAAGAUAACCAGAGAGACCCUGCCAGCUGUUCUGAAGAGCACAGCAGCACAGAAGAUGCUGCCUCCGGAAUGUAGUGACCUGCUAAUGGAAGAGUACAUGGGGGACACUGAGGACCCAGAGACUCUCCAAGCACAGUUCAGAGAGAUGCUGGGGGACUUCAUGUUUGUGAUCCCUGCUCUCCAAGUGGCACAUUUCCAGCGUUCCCACGCUCCUGUGUACUUCUAUGAGUUCCAGCAUCUUUCCAGCUUCAUCAAGCAUGUCAGGCCAUCCCAUGUAAAGGCAGACCAUGGUGAUGACAUUCUGUUUGUCUUUGGCUCCCAUUUGUUUGGCAUGAAUUUUGACCUCACUGAGGAGGAGGAGCUGUUAAAAAGGAGAAUGAUGAAGUACUGGGGCAACUUUGCCAGAAAUGGGAACCCCAACAGUGAGGGUCUACUCCACUGGCCUGUGUUGGACCAAGAUGAGCAGUAUCUGCAGCUGGACACCCAGCCUGCUGUGGGCCGAGCCCUGAAGGCCAGAAGGCUGCAGUUCUGGACCAAGACUCUGCCCCAGAAGAUCCAGGAGCUAAAGGGAUCUCAGGACAAGCAUGCAGAGCUGUAGCAUCCUGUGUCAGGAAAGUUCUUUGAUAUUGAAAGCAGAUGCGGUAAUUCUGAAGUAAUGAAGUCCAUUUAUCUGUGAUCAUUUGUUCCAACAAGAACAUAAGCAUUUCUGACCUCGGCAUUUGCUCUUUCAGACAUGUAUGAAAACCACUCUGUGUGUUAUUCCUUAUUAUUCUGGGCAAACUUUCAUUAGAGUCAAUAAAAGCUCUCAUAACAGUGUG